AUGUCUACUGACGUGUUGGAUACGAACUGGAGCCUUGGCACGAACCGGCCCCUCGACCGAGGCCACGUUGAAGAUUUGCGACAGGUAUUCAGGCGGGGUGCCCUUGAGCGGCGAGCGCCUGAGAAUCGUAUUGCCGUCCUCUGCACCGCUGAGGAAGUACGCCGCAUGCGCAUCGACGCGGUGGAUGCCAACGGCCAUGACGCAGUUGAGUUAGUAGCUGGUCAGCAUCGCGUGCAGGCCCUCCGGGAGUAUGCUGCCGAGACACGGGCGCCUACGUCGGAGAUUUGGUGGAUGUGUGAGCUCUAUGAUAAAGAACGCCUGCCGCAUAGCGUCAACGUUGCGCUGAGAGCAAAUCGAAGAGACCCAAGUCUACCAGACAACCACGGGCAGGUCUGGACCCAGCUUGCAUCCGUCGCCCAUGGCAUUGAGGGAAUCACUGGGGACGACCCCAAAAGCAUGGAUCACAUGCUUGCGGGGGUCCUCCGACUCCAUCGCGAGAAGCAAUUCCCAACUCAAAGGCUUACUGCGUUGUGGAACCACCAGGGUUGGCGGUCUAUCAUAAACCGUUGGUGCUACGCAAGGGUCGGUCUCGAGACGUUUAACAUUUCUCACUUUGAGUGGAUCGCCACCCUUGGUAUUGUUGAGUACUGGCUUGGCGCGCUUGACGAGGUGCUCGGCACCCUUGCUAUACUUCCCGUCGACGAGAGGGUUCAUAUCACUGCACUCGACUGGAAGCGUUUAUCAGCAAGCCUACGCCCCAACUGUUGGUCGACAAACGACGUUAAACGUCUUUUCUAUACCCCAAGUAGAGAAGCCCCACGCGACAGGCGUGCUGAGCGACUUCUAACAACACUCAGCGACGAGGCGUACAGCUCCCUCUGCGACCACAUCUCCCACUCGCCAAAGCUCCGUAUCCCAGACUUGAGUCGCAUUCUUCAAUGCAGCAAGGUGGACAUACGCACUGCCAUCUGCCUGCUGUAUCAUGUCGUUGCCUGGAUCGACCAAGAUAGCGCUAUAGCUAUUAGCGAGGCCUGCGCUGAUAGCAAGAACAAGCCUCUCAUCCGAAAGUAUUUAUCACAAGCGCUGGAUAAGCUCAAGAUUGCCCAGGGCCGUGAGCUGUACCCGGCGAUCGCCGCCGUCCGGCUACAGACACUCGUACUAGACUUCGCCCGGUAUAAUCUCGCAGAGUUCAACGCACCUGGCGCUGUGCCACCCGUUGAGCAAGACGUAGUGCGUGUCAAUGAUGCCACGUAUAAUAGGCGAUUUCAAUACGCGGCAUGGGCUGGUCUUCUGCGUCUCGUGCGACGUAUAACAGAUGCUGAUGGUGGACUGCUCCGCCCGCAAUGGCAGGCUCCCGAUAUAGCGCAGUAUACACAGCGUCAGCUGAGGGCCUCUACCGUCGUCUUCAACUUCUGCACCAGCCUUUCUAAGCUCGCCAGUGGACACGACCCAGCCGCCAUAACCAAGCUUCGGUGGAACAUACAGCGGGUAACGGCGCACUAUCUUGGAGACACUGCAGAGAUGAGCCCCUUCUACUUUCCUCUCAUGGACAGUGCCCCAGACUAUGAUGAGGAUGAGGGGGAGGAUGAUAUCCUUUGUGAAGAGGAUGUUAUCUACCUGCGUACUUGUAAUGAAGGGUUGUAG